UCAGACUUGUAGAGGUUGUAUCACUGAAUGGUAACAUUUUGUAUGUUUAUGCAAUUUUUUAUGGAUUAGUUAACUGUGAGGCUGCAUCCACCGAUAGAAUUCUGCCUAUAAAUUGGUGCAUACGGGGAAACCAAACGAAAUAAGGAGCUCCUCGCUUACAGUUAGUAUGGACAUUCAACCGCUUUCUUGGUAUUCUGUGCUCGUUACCUCUGGUUCACUGGUAUUAUUCUUCUUUCUAUGGAGAAGGCAGAGUAGGAAAAGGCUUCUUCCUCUUCCUCCCGGACCUCCUGCUUGGCCCAUUGUGGGAAACCUCUUUCAGCUGGGAAAAAGACCCCACGAGUCUUUGUAUGCUCUCUCUCUGCUAUACGGCCCACUCAUGGCUCUCCGUCUGGGCAUGAAAACAACAGUGGUGGUCUCUUCUCCUGCCAUGGCGAAGGACCUCCUCAAAACACACGACCACCUCCUCGCAGGGCGGCCGGUGAUCGAAGCAGUCAAGCCCCUUUCCCAUCACAAGUCCUCGCUAGUUUGGGGUGAAUAUGGUCCUUACUGGCGCCAUCUCCGACGCAUUUCAACCGUUGAGCUUUUCAGCCCCAAAAGACUCGAAGCUCUGCAACACCUCAGAAGAGAUCAAGUAUUUCGGACGACUCGACUCAUCUUCGAGGACAGGGGAAAAGUUGUGGAUAUCGGUAGGACGGUGUUCUGCACGUCUCUGAAUUUGUUAGGCAACAUGAUCUUCAGCACAAGCGUCUUCGAUCCGCACAAUCCAGCUUCUGCGGCGCUCAAAGAUACCGUGUGGGAAAUAAUGAAGCUCGGCGGAAUACCCAAUUUGGUCGACUUUUUUCCCUUUCUCCGGUUCCUCGACCCGCAGGGUGUUUUCAGGGAGACAAGGAAGCAUUUGAAGGCUAUGUAUGACUUUUCCGAUACAUUCAUACAGAAAAGACUUGCUAGCACCAGCCAAAACGUUGAGCGUAAAGACUCCGAGAAGGAUUUUCUAGAUGUUCUGCUGGAUUUCAGAAGUGAAGAUUUCACUUUUGUUGGUAUUCAAGCCUUGAUAGUUGAAUUAUUUCUUGCCGGUACAGAAACGUCGACAACAACAAUAGAAUGGGCCAUGGCAGAAUUCAUUCGCAAUCCACAGAAAUUAAGCAAAGUCCAAGAAGAACUGGAUGAAGUCGUUGGUUGCAAGCGAAGAGUGGAAGAAUCCGACUUAGAUCGUCUGCCAUAUCUGCAUGCAGCCGUGAAAGAGAUAUUCCGAUUGCACCCAGCGAGUCCUCUGCUGUUACCCCGCAAAGCCGGAUACUCCUUCGAGAUCGGGGGAUUUGUGAUACCCAAAGACAGCCAGGUGAUGGUGAAUGUGUGGGCCAUUGGGAGGGACCCUUCGAUCUGGAAGAAUCCUUUGGAAUUUAUGCCCGAGAGAUUUUUGGAUGUCGAGAAUAGCAAGAUAGAAUACAGUGGACAAAACUUUGAGCUAAUUCCGUUCGGAGCGGGGAGAAGAAGUUGUCCGGGGCUUCCACUGGCGAGCCGUAUGAUUCAUUUGGUUUUGGCUUCUCUGCUUCACUCGUUUGAGUGGAUACUUCCGGAUGGGAUGAGUUGUGAAGAGAUGGACAUGAGCGACGAUUUUGGACUUGCUUUAAAGAAGGCUACAGAUUUAUUGGCAAUCCCAGUACCCCGUCUCCCACAUCAUAUUUACUAGGCUGUUAUCUUUCUAUUAAAUCAUUAAAUCGGACACAAAAGUCAAGUUACUUGUGUAGAUUGCAUUUUCAUGCUUGCAGUUCGUUCACGUCAUUUUGUUUAUUUUUUU